AUUUCUUUCCCUCUCUCAAACCAAAAUCAAUCAAAACUCCGCAAACGACAUCGUUUUAACAGCAAAGAUGCUUUCUUCUUCUUCUCCAACUUCCUUCGCUCAUCCCUUCCUCUCCUCUUCUUCUCCGCCUCUCUCCCCCGUAUCUCCACCAUCUCGCUCACCUCGUCUCCCGCCUCCUCUCGUCUCCGCCUCUUGCUCAUACACCUGCACGGAAGACACCCCGCGAUUACACCAGAUCCCGCUUCGAUCGACGACGGCGGCGACCGCCUCGCUCUACGAGAUUCUGGAGGUUCCUCUCGGCGCGACGAGCCAGGACAUCAAAUCGGCGUACCGGAGACUGGCCCGGAUCUGCCAUCCAGACGUGGCGGGAACCGAUCGGACGACGUCGGCUGAUGAGUUCAUGAAGAUCCACGCGGCGUACUGUACGCUUUCCGAUCCCGAGAAACGAUCUGUCUACGAUCGGAGGAUGCUUCGCCGGAGCCGUCCCUUGACCGUCGGUAACUCGGGGAUGGGCAGUUACGUCGGCCGGAACUGGGAAACCGAUCAGUGCUGGUAGUGAGUUGACUCGGUGUCCGAGUUGGCUCGCGUUAAUUCGAAUCGGUUGUGCAAGUAGGAAACGAUAAAUGUGGAGCUUGACGUUGUAAUUAAUACUAGUCAUUUUAGCUAAUACGAACGAGAGGAUUAGUGUGAUAACAUAUGCUAUGCGACGCCGUUUGGUUCGUGUUACGUGGGAUCUAGGAUCUAUAAUAGUAGUCAUAAACAAAAUAAAUUUUAUUUACUUUCA